AUGGUGUCGGGCCCCGGGAGGUGUCCCUGCGGGGUGUCCCGGUGUCUCCUGGUGUCCGCAUGUCUGCUGUCUGUGCUGCUCUACCUGCCGGAGGCUCGUGCGUCCUAUAACCCGACGAGCGGAGAGUGCAAAGGCAAAGGGAAGGACUGCACAGAUCUGUCAGAGAAGAAGAGCGACCUGAGGGUCUGUGAUGAGUCCAGCUGUCGAUACGGAGGCGCCUGCAGAGACGACGGAGCUCUGCUGAAGUGUGUCUGCCAGUUCCAGUGUCACAAAAACUACAUCCCAGUCUGCGGCUCCAACGGCGACACCUACCAGAACGAGUGCUACCGGCGACAGGCGGCCUGCAAACAGCAGAGACUCAUCUCGCGGGUGUCGGACGGGCCCUGCCCCACCGAUACUGGUUCCGGUUCAGGAGACGGAGACGAUGACGAGGGUUCAGGCUCCGACGUCGGGAAGAAGUUCACCAAGUGCAGCACCUGUAAAUAUGGAGCCGAGUGUGACGAGGACUCGGAGGACGUCUGGUGCAUCUGUAACAUCGACUGCAGCGGACACAAUGAGAACCCGGUGUGUGCCACCGACGGGAACUCCUACAACAACCCGUGUCUGGUCCGGGAGGCGUCCUGUAUGAAGCAGGAGCAGAUCGACGUCAAACACCUGGGCAGGUGUCCCGCUGAUAAAGAGAAACUGGGGAAGAAAGACGACAGCAGUCCUUUCAAGGUCAACGUCUUAGAAACCACCGGUCUGGACCACGGGGACGUGUUCUACGCCGGGAUGCCGAUCCCCUGCACCGACAGCUACGCCGGCUUCUGUGUCCACGGGAAAUGUGAGCUCAAGUACAACAUGCCCACCUGCAGGUGUGAUGCGGGCUACAAAGGUGCUCAGUGUGACGAGACUCAGGACUUCAACAUCCUCUACGUGGUUCCCAGCGGACAGAAGCUCCACUACGUCCUCAUCGCCGCCAUCAUCGGCGCCGUGCAGAUCGCCAUCAUCGUCGCCGUGGUGAUGUGCAUCACAAGGAAAUGUCCCAAAAACAACAGAGGUCGCCGGCAAAAACAAAACCUGGGACACUUUUCCUCGGACACUAACUCCAGGAUGGUAUAG